UUUAUGAUUGACCGACAGGGAGUUUUAAAUAUCUUUUUAUGUAAAGCUACGUAAACCUCAGAAGCUUAGAAGUGUUGAGGUCUAGAGCUGAUGUAGGUGAAUUUGUAUCGGUAUAAGAAGGACCAAGACUCACAAAGAAAUAGUUUCUCUGGUUUCAGCCAUCCGCGCUAUGUCAACCUUGAGUUGGAAAAUGAUACUACGAAUCACCGUUGGAGUUUCCUCUAAUUUUCGCUAAUGGAUGUGAGGAAGGAGACGAUUUGUUCUCGAGAUGGCAACCACAGUGCUGCAGCUCUAAUAGUCUCCACAUUGCGGCCAAAAAAUUAUGCGAUUAAUUCAGCUUUGCAGGCGAAAACGUGUUGUCUUCUUGUUGGGUUUGAUUACAUUAGUGUCGCUUUUGUCGACUUACUGGAUUGAAACUUGGGUUCAACAUGACCCUGAUUUUCUAAACGACGGUUCGCAUUCUAAGGAAAUAAAAAAUACAGAAGAAAAGGUGAAGCUGAUUGAGGUUUUGAGAGUAAAGGGAACUAGUAUUGAAGAAAAUGCGUUUACGAGAACUGAUGGUGAUAGUGCAGUCUCCCAUACUCCUCUACAGAAACUGCGAUAUAACGUUACAACAGAGGAAAUGGUAGCCAGCAAGAUAAGGGAAACAGGAUUACUUCAAAGGCUUGAGGAGUUAGAAGAAAAGAUGAUGAGAAGGCAGUUGGAUGUUUUGGUGGCUAACCACUCCCAAUCAAAUACAAAGGAUAUUUUAGAACCUUUCAAGCAUGCUCUUGAGGCUCUUGGCUACAGAGUGGUUUUGUCCACAGAUACAGAAAUACUUCCUUACAUGAGAAAGAAAUGGCAGGGAAUUCAUUGGUGUUCUGGCAGAGAGACAUCACCUUGUUUUAAUAGCAGUGAUCUUGUCUUUCUCCAAAAGAAUCAGAGAGUAUCUCCAGUUCCAGGCAUUGAAAAAUUACUUUUAAGGAAUGAUGGCUUUUGUUACUUGAUGUCAGCAUCAAAACUCAUCUCAGUGUUUGAAAACAGACCUAUAUCACCUCCAUGCUUUGUGUUACCAGCGCAAAUCAAUGUGUCUCUGGAUCAAGAUAUUAAAGCAAGAGGAAGCCAGUAUUUUAUUUUGAAGUCUCUUGGAACAAUUUCUACAUCACUUCAUAACUGGAAAGCUAUGAAGAGUCUGAGUGAUAAGAAAAGAGGUGAGUCUUCAGAGGGCGUCAUGCAGCUUUUUCCAGCUGAUGCUCUUUUGAUUGAAGGCAAGGCUGUUAUAGCUCAGGUGUAUGUUCUGGUCACUUCAGUAUCUCCUCUCAGGAUAUACAGACACAGAAAAGGGCAUGCACACCUUGUGGCAAGAGAGCAGGAUGGUUUGGCAAGUAAUUGGAACUUUGAAAAGUUCUAUCAGCACUUGGUUGAAAACUUUGGUGAAGACAAAACAAGUAAAGCAAUUGAGGAGAUGGAUGAAAUUGUGGUGAAAAUGCUUCUUCUAUUGGAGCAGUCAUUGAUUAUGCACUUUACAGGGCUGAAUACUGGUGGAAGACAAAGAAGGUUUAGAUGCCAGUCGUGUUUCCAGCUUCUGGAGAUCAGUGUUAUGUUUAGUUCAUCACUCAGUCCUUAUAUUUUGGAGGCAAAAGCUCCUUCUUAUGAGAUUGUUUCCCAAAAAAUAGUUGAAGAUACAGUCAAUCUCUUGUUUGAAAUGAUAUCAGUACCAUUUUCCCAUGAUGUUUACAAGACUGUAAAAGCCUUGAAGGAAACUGUGAUAAUCCAGAAUAGAAAGUGCCAAUUAGUACUGGAAAACUGUUUGACAGAUGACUUGUUAGAGUAUUUAUUACAAUCUCAAGUGGAGAAGCAACAUAGAGGAGACUUCAAACAGCUCUAUCCAACCCCUUAUGGUGAUAAGUACAACACACUGAUGCUAGAAUUACUUGACAAUGGAGUUGAGUUCAAUCAUGAACAAAGAGCUGAUUUAGGAACACCAGAUGUUCAUGAUUUUUUGACAGCUUUUGAGGCAGUGAGAUCUACACAUCCCUCGAAACACAGAGAUGGUUCAGUUAGUGACUCACACAUAUCUAAAGGGUCAUCAAAAGAAACUGUUUGUGUUGAUGAUCCAAAUGUGGAUGGUGUCCUGACAGAACUCAGUUCUCAGCCCGAAAUAGUUCUUCAUCCACCUUUCAACAGUGAUGUCUUCAUUUAUCAAUCAACUGUUCCAUUUGAUGCCACAAUCCUGCAGCUCUGGGGUAAAGCUUCAAAGUGCCAUUUAGCUGUACGAAUAGACACCAAAUCUGAGGACAAUAGUAAUUCUAAUCAUUCUCUUGGUGUUGGGUGGAACAAAUUUUCCAUUUUUGUUGUUGAUACCAGGAAGAGUAGGCCUGAAGUUGUGAAUACCUAUCAUCUGUUUGUGUUUCGUAAAAGACGCUCUGAGACAGAGAGAAUAUUUGAACAAGAUUUUACCCAUCAAGUUUGUGCUAUUUACCAGGAGUGCAGCCUCAAAGUUUUUCCUGACUUGCCGUGUGGUCUUGAGAAGUUGUCAGAGUCAACGUGGAAGACUUUUCUCUCUAAACAGAAAGAACUCCCUCACUGUGAGACUGGGCACGAGUCAGGUCGUUGGGUUUUACCUUGUGCCAGCUGUGAUUACCCUUCUAGCUGCUUCUGGAGGCAAACAGUCUGGUCGCCACUCACAUGUCAGUACAGUGUUUUUUCCAAGAAUUAUACCAGAGCUUGCCUUGCAAACAAGAAGAUUCUUUUUGUCGGAGAUUCCACCAAUCGCGGCAUUAUGUAUUACCUUAUGGAAAAGCUGAACGGUUCAUUAAGAAAAUGGGAAAAGACGCAUACAAUGAAAAUUUACAGCGACGAGUUGAACGGCGGCCGUACCUCUGUCAGCUUCGCGUAUUACCCUCAGUUUUGGCUUCGUGAGAACAAGAGACCUGUCUUUGUCAAAGCGCUCUACCAGCUUAUAGCGAGGUUUCUUCCUUUAGAAAACAACACGAACACCAUUCUUGUUGUGGGUGGAGUUCAGUGGAUGGGAUCCCAACACAUUGUGGAGACCAAUAAAGCCUUAACCAGUCUUGGCUUGAACGGAAUCAAGGUUGUUAUCAAGAGCCUGGGCUCUGGAUUCCACCUUCCCGUACCAGGACUUCCUCGUCACAACUUGGCAGAACAGCGUAAAACUGCUGAACGGAAUGAGAUGGUAAUUAAAGCUGCUACGCGGUUGGGGUAUGAAGUAGUGGACACUUUUGGAAUGACUGUUUCUAGAUACAAGGACUUCCUCCUGGGAAACUGUGGCUGCCAUUUUCACAAGGUCGUAGACAUGAGGUCCUUGAUAAAGGAAGAGGAUGAAGUUCCAUCUCCAUUGUUGGAAAACAGUAACAGACAGACCGACUUCUUACCCAGAUAUCACGUGAUGGGACCAAUUAAUAGUAUUUACUCAGAGUUGGUAAUAAGCAGAAUGUGCAGUUGAAUUUUCAAAUAUUUUGGUUAUCCUAUAAGUUUUUCCGUUUCUUUCUACAAAACUAAACUGCAACAGUGAUUAUAGCAGGUAAACUAAAGGUAAAGUACAAUAACGAAUACAGUAAACCAGAAACCUGAUCAUUGCUAACCCGUUUUUAAUGUCUAUGAAAAUAUUUUUUUAAAAAACAAAUUAAAUUCUUAUGGUUCAGAAGGCAUCAUUUUUACACAUAAGAAAAUAACGUGGUUUUUCAAUUCAUAUCCUCUGUACAUAUUAAUUAUUACAAUAUUUCAAAUGAAUUCCAGAUCUUUCAAGCUAAGAGUAUCAAUAUUUAUUAUCAGAGUUGUUAAUUCAAAAUAGAUAUAUACAUAUCGAAUGAUAAUGUGCAAUUAUGAAAGGGCCGAUAUUAUUUACCUAUUAUUUACCUUGAAGUAUUUAUAGUGUUAUAUAUAGAUUACAUCAGAACAUCGUCAUUAGCGGAGCUAGUUGUGCUACCCAUGACUGAUCAUUUGACAGCAUUUACACUUACAAGUUCUUCGUGACAAAUGUACUUGUGUAGAAAAAAUAGCUGUGGGGAAUUCCCUGAAAUCCUUUACACUUUCUUUGACAAUUCUCCAUGUAAAGUCAUUUACUCGACUUUCCUCAGGGAGCCUUACAAGUUUUUCCUUAGCUAAUCCUCUUUUGGGCGCGGUAAAACCAUUCCGCAUUUACCGCAGAAUCUUCUCAAGAGAAACCUCUAACUGUAGGUGUGGUGUUAAGCCUAUUUAAAUGUUGUGCCUCUCUCCUGUGUGUCAGACGAAAUGGUGGCUUGUGGCAAUUAUUUGGGUCCUUACUUAAAAAAAGGGGCGAAGCCGCGAGUUCAGGGUAGAAUCAAUUUGUUACUGUAGAUAUGAAUGAGGUCGACAACAUUAGGUACGGCUUUUAACCCUUUCACUCCCACAAGUGACUUAGACAGAAUUUCUCCUUACAAUAUCAAUACAAUAUCAAGCACGUAGGUGAUGAGAAUAGAGAAAAAUAUCAAUUAUGGGAUUAUUAGUUAAUCCAAUACCAAAUUCUCUAAACUAACAUCAUAAGAAUUGUAUAGCAGAUAGUAAGGAGAAUUACUAAAUAGAUCUUGGGAGUGAAAGGGUUAAAACCUUAUGGCCACUUUUGGAUUUAGUCAGGGUUAGUGCGACACACGAGGGGUUCGGCGUUUGAAACGGGCGUCAGAGAAUGAUUAAUGUCAAGGGAGGACUGACUCCCUCACUAAACUGCGUUGAUCGCAUGCAAAUAAAGCCAUCUAACUGAUGUCUCGAUACACGUGCAAUAGCGUAAAUUUUAUGGAGAAUUGAUUGUGCAGGAAGGAAAAUGUACCUUUUUCAAUGGAGAAGUGGAAUCAAAUAUGUGAAGGAAAGUGAGGGAAUAAAAUCACGAUAGAGAAAAAAAUACAA